AUGGACCCCAACACCGACAGGAUGGACCCCAACACCGACAGGAUGGACCCCAACACCGACAGGAUGGACCCCAACACCGACAGGAUGGACCCCAACACCGACAGGAUGGACCCCAACACCGACAGGAUGGACCCCAACACCGACAGGAUGGACCCAAACUCCGACAAGAUGGACCCCAGCACCGACAAGGAUGGACCCCAGCACCGACAGGAUGGACCCCAGUACCGAUGGACCCCAACACCGACAGGAUGGACCCCAGUACCGACAGGAUGGACCCCAGUACCGAUGGACCCCAGCACCGACAGGAUGGACCCCAGUACCGAUGGACCCCAGCACCGACAGGAUGGACCCCAGUACCGAUGGACCCCAGCACCGACAGGAUGGACCCCAGUACCGAUGGACCCCAACACCGACAGGAUGGACCCCAGUACCGAUGGACCCCAACACCGACAGGAUGGACCCCAGUACCGAUGGACCCCAGCACCGACAGGAUGGACCCCAGUACCGAUGGACCCCAACACCGACAGGAUGGACCCCAACACCGACAGGAUGGACCCCAGUACCGAUGGACCCCAGCACCGACAGGAUGGACCCCAGUACCGAUGGACCCCAGUACCGAUGGACCCCAGCACCGACAGGAUGGACCCCAGUACCGAUGGACCCCAACACCGACUGGAUGGACACCAGUACCGAUGGACCCCAGCACCGACAGGAUGGACCCCAGUACCGAUGGACCCCAACACCGACAGGAUGGACACCAGUACCGAUGGACCCCAGCACCGACAGGAUGGACCCCAGUACCGAUGGACCCCAACACCGACAGGAUGGACACCAGUACCGAUGGACCCCAGCACCGACAGGAUGGACCCCAGUACCGAUGGACCCCAACACCGACAGGAUGGACACCAGUACCGAUGGACCCCAGCACCGACAGGAUGGACCCCAGUACCGAUGAACCCCAACACCGACAGGAUGGACACCAGUACCGAUGGACCCCAGCACCGACAGGAUGGACCCCAGUACCGAUGGACCCCAGCACCGACAGGAUGGACACCAGUACCGAUGGACCCCAGCACCGACAGGAUGGACCCCAGUACCGAUGGACCCCAGCACCGACAGGAUGGACCCCAGUACCGAUGA